GGUUGGUGACGAUGGGCUGUGCGCUAUCCGGGCCCGGGGUGAACCACGGGGGCAGAACCGCUUCAGAGGCGAGGGAAUCCGGACCAGGCGCAGGGGAUGCGACAGGGUCCUGGCUAAAAUCCGAGCCGCUCCCUCUUUCCGAAGCACAGAAGGGGUUAAUUAGGGAAUCUUGGAAAAUCCUUCACGAGGACAUAGCGAGAGUGGGGAUUAUCAUGUUUAUCAGGCUGUUUGAGACCCACCCCGAGUGUAAGGACGUGUUCUUCCUGUUUCGAGAGAUCGAUCAUCUUCAGGAGCUGAAGAUGAGCAAUGAACUCAAGGCGCACGGUCUCAGGGUGAUGUCCUUCAUUGAGAAGAGUGUGGCCCGACUGUCUCAGGAAGAUAAGCUGGAGCAGAUCGCCUUUGAGCUGGGCAGGAGCCACUGUCGCUACAGCGCACCCCCCAAAUACUAUGAGUAUGUUGGCGAGCAGUUUAUCAGUGCGGUGAAACCGAUCGUGAAAGAGAACUGGACCCAAGAAGUGGAGGAGUCCUGGAAGAGCCUGUUUUCCUAUCUCACAGCAGUGAUGAAAAGGGGCUACUAUGAAGAGGAAAGGAAGGACGGAGUAAACAAGACGAGCUACGGAACCCAAGCGCCACCCGUGCGCCCGGGGGCUACCGGCUCCGUGCAGAACGACGUCUGAGCGGCAC